AUGCGCAUUGCGAAGGCCGCGCUGUGCGGGCAGCUGCUCAUCUGGUGGCUGUCCGCCCCGGCGGAGGGGUUCACGCACACGUGCGAUUUUAAUGAUGAGCUGAGCCUCGAGUUUGAUGAGCGGCAGAUGACCAAUGGAGAGCAAAUCUGCACUCUCAAACCGGACGUGCUGGACAAAGUGGUGAUCAAAUGUGGGGCGGAGAGGAAAAACUACGAGUUGCUGCCGAAUAACUGCUUCGAGCAGGUGUUCACCUCAAAGUCGAUAGAGGACGCGAAGAACGCGCAUAACGCGCAUAACGUGCAUAACGUGCAGAACGCGCAGCAACUGGUGGAGUAUCUCCACGGAGCUGCCGCCAUCGUAAAGAGGAAGCAAAACGAGACCAACGCGGACGAAAAGAAAAGCUACGACGAUGUAUCCUUUCGAGUCCCACCCAAUUUAGAAAAAGAACAGAAGGCACUCUACUGCGUCUGCCAAAAUAAAGCCAAAAUCAGGGUGCGAAAAAGAAGUGGGGAAGAAUACGAUAAGGAAAUUUUUAACUUGGGAAUUAUAGAAGUGUUGAUUCCCUCUCUUCCUAAAAAGAUUGAUGGUUGCGAUUUUACUAAGAAUACUUCUCCUCUGUUUACCAAAGGGUAUGAUGCGAAUUUCUAUAAAACGAUUGAAAAUAAAGAUGAUGUCAUUUGCAAAGUGAAAGCUACUGAGGGGAAACUCAUUGGCUUUAAGUGCCCAGCUGAUUAUGCCAUCGAGCCAGAGGAAUGCUUCCUACAAGGGUUUAACCUCAGUGGGAAGAAGGAGCAACUCCGCACCAAAAUUGAACUCACAGAUCUGGUGAUGGACCACUAUAAUAAAAUUUUUUAUGCCCGUGUUCCCCAGAGGAUAUAUCAAAAUAUGCACUUCUUUUGUGCUUGCGUUUUGGAAGAAAAGAGACUCGUCGCUCACUUUGAGUUUGCCACCACUCCAGACGAUCAAAAUAGUGUGAGUGAGCCACGUGCGGCGAAUGUUCUGCAGGGCCGCAGUGCUGGGAGUGCAGCCUUUGGACCGGGCCCCUUCCUCCUCCUCCUGCUCUCGGGGGUCCUUUUCUUUAUAAUGUAG